AUGCUGGAGCGGAGCCUCGUGGUGUCGGCGCCGGGGAAGGUGAUCCUGCACGGGGAGCACGGCGUGGUUCACGGCAAGUGUUUAAAUUCUGCCCUGCUUGCUUCUGCAGCUGACUUUGAUGAAUCUAAAUCCCCCAGUGUAGAGCAGCUGGAUGCACUGAGGGAGUUUGCUGGAAUCUCUGCCGAGUCCUCAGCUCCAGAGAGCCUUGCUACUCUUGCCUUUCUCUAUAUGUGCCUGGCUAUUUCAGCUAAGUAUGGGUGGACAGAAGAAGAGCUGAGCUUAAUUAACAGCUGGGCCUUCCAGGGCGAGCGGGUGAUCCACGGCAACCCCUCGGGGGUGGAUAAUGCUGUUGGCACUUGGGGUGGAGCCCUGCGAUACCAAUCAGGAAAAAUCACAUCAUUAAAGAGGGUGCCCACGCUGAGGAUCCUGCUGACCAACACGAAAGUGCCCCGAAGCACCAAGGUUCUGGUGGCUGGUGUCAAGGACAAGAUCCUCAAGUUCCCUGCCAUAAUGAACCCAGUGCUGGACUCCAUCAAUGCAAUUUCUCAGGAGUGCCAAAGUGUUCUGGAAGCGAUGCCUGGAAAUCCAUCACCGGAGUAUUACCCUGUGCUGGAGGAGCUGUUCGACAUCAACCAGCACCACCUGAACGUGAUCGGCGUGGGCCACCCCUGCCUGGACCGGCUGUGCCGCGUGACGGCCUCGCACGGCCUGCACAGCAAGCUGACCGGCGCCGGCGGCGGCGGCUGCGGCGUCACCCUGCUGCCACCAGACACCUCCCCGCUGGCCGUGGAAGCGGCCAAGAGAGACCUGUGCGCCUGCGGGUUCGAGUGCUGGGAGACCAACAUCGGGGCGCCCGGCGUGACCCUGCACUCCCCCUCGUCCCUGAAAGCAGAAGUGCAGCGCGCGCUCUCCAUGAGCUAG